AUGUUAUGCGUCGGUCCGUUUGUGUUGCUUCUGAUGACGUUUAAUGCAAGCCAUCGCCAAGUUAUCAUUUGCGGAGGAUUUGUUUCUGCUCUGUCGACAUUGGCGAGCUUUUUUGCUCAUAAUGUCGAAGUUCUUUAUGUUACGUAUGGAAUUCUUUCAGGCACUUUCGUCGGAAUAUCGUACUUUGCCGGUAACACCAUUGUUGGAUGUUAUUUUAAGAAGAAACGAACCGUGGCUGUAGGAAUCGCUCAGAGUGGAACUGGAGUUGGUGCAUUUGCCCUUAAUUAUUUAUUAGAACGAAGCAUUUUCUUUUACGGUAUGAGAGGAACAUUUUUAUUAAUAAGUGGCUUGCUUUUAAACUUUCUUGUCUAUGGUGCUUUAUGUCGGCCGCUUAAGACUGUCAACACAGAGAAGAAAAUGAAAGAUGUUAUGAAGAAUCCCGGCAUGCAAUUGCUACUAAUUAUUUACUUUUUUUGGACAGCGGGUGAAUGUGUUAUACUCUAUCUUCCGGCAAAAGCUGUCAAUGUUGGGCUCACACGUGAACAAGGAGCCUUGACAAUGUCCAUCUACGGUGCAGUCUUCAUGCUUAGCCAAAUUGUUGUUGGAAUUCUUGCUGACCUGAUUCACAUCCCUCAAAGCUAUCUUCUAAUGUCUUCAUUGCUUGGCAUGGCAGCCACUUCUUUUGCCUUUACAUUCUGCCAUUCAUUUCCUUGGUUCGUUCUAUGCACAUCUCUUUUCGCCAUUUUCCAUGGAUUUACCUUUCCCCUGCGGGUUGUGCUUGUAUCUUCAAUUUUGGGAGUGAGGAACUUGACCAAAGGAUAUUCCCCUUUAUGCCUUAUGAUUGGCCUGACUUAUAUCAUCGACACGAUAAUAACAGGUAAGUGA